CAGAGACCUGAAGCUUGCAGCCCGUGUGCCCGCACCCGUCACAGAAAUCUGUUGGUGUUGUCCCUCGUGCCUGUCCCUCCCCUCUCUCCUACGCCUUCAACGUAGCCGAGCGUCUUCAACAGCGCUCUUCCCUUCCCUCGCUCCUAGUAACACAGACAACAUGGCCGAGGACAAGCCCGUAACCGUCGAGUCUCUGCCAGAGCUCCUGAAAGAUGAUGUCGCAGUCAAGGUUGCCGGUGUCGAUGUGGACGGUAUGCUGCGUGGUAAGCUCAUGGCCAAGAAGAAGUUCUUGUCCAUAGCAGAAGAAGGCUUCGGUUUCUGUAGUGUAGUGUUCGGCUGGGACAUGCACGACCAGACCUACUUCCGCGAACUUGGUGUCUCCAACAAGGAGAACGGCUACCGUGACCUGAUCGCCAUCCCGGAUCUGUCCUCUUUCCGCCGCAUUCCCUGGGAGAACAACGUGCCGUUCUUCCUCGUCUCCUUCCACGACCCGGACACGCACAAGACACUGCACGCAUGCCCCAGGAGUCUUCUGAAGCGCGCGGUGGACAAGCUGAAGGACAAUGGCUAUGGCGCUAUGGCAGGUGCUGAAUACGAGUUCUACCAGUUCAGGGCGCCGCAGACACACGAUGGGCCAGAGAGGAACUCGAGUGGGACAGCAACCUUCUUGAGGGAGAACCCAGUGAAUGCACUGCCCAGUCUGACGGAAGGCAUGUUCGGCUACAGCAUCACACGGACAGUGCACAACCAGGACUACUUUUACGGCAUCUUCGACGCGUGUGAGAAGUUCAACUGCGGCAUUGAGGGCUGGCACACCGAGUCUGGCCCAGGCGUGUUCGAAGCUGCCCUCCAAUUCGGCGAGAUCAGUGCCAUGGCCGAUAAAGCGUCCCUUUUUAAACUCGUCGUCAAAUCCCUCGGCUCCAAAUACGGCAUAACCCCCUGCUUCAUGGCAAAGCCGCGCGAAGGCCUGCCGGGAAACAGCGGACACAUGCACGUCUCGAUCGUCGACGCGGCGGGCAAGAACCUCUUCGCGCGCGAGACCGAAGACACAAACGCUCCAUACCACGACAUCCGCUGCCUGAGCGAUCUGGGCCGGCACUUCCUCGCAGGUCUCAUCGACGGUCUUCCAGACAUCAUGCCCAUCCUGGCGCCCAAUGUAAACUCGUACAAGCGCCUGGUGGAAAACUUCUGGGCGCCUGUCACAGUCUCGUGGGGCCUCGAGCACCGCGCUGCUUCCAUCCGACUCAUUGCGCCUCCCACAGCGAGCGCAAAAGCCACACGUUUCGAAGUCCGUGUGCCAGGCGCAGACACCAACCCGCACUUCGUGCUCGCCGCGAUCUUAGCGCUGGGGUGGAGGGGCAUCGAGAAGAAGAUGGAGAUCUCGAUACCGCCGCUGGGCAAGGGAGAGGAUGUGGGUGGUGCAGCUGACAAGGGAGAAAGGUUGGCGAAGAGCCUGAAAGAGGCGACGGAUAAGUUUAUGAGGAAGGAGAGUGUGGCGAGAGAGGUGUUUGGGGACGACUUCGUGGACCACUUUGGUGGGACGAGACAGCAUGAGAUCAGGCUUUGGGACGAGGCGGUUACGGAUUGGGAGGUUAGGCGGUACAUUGAGACGGUGUAGAUAUGAGUGGGUUGAACGGGUUUGAACGUUUCAGACGUUUCUUAUGCACUAUGAUACCAGGUGCGACGUUGGGUAUACCGAUCUAUAUGACUCUGCAAAC